AUUUUUAAGUACAGUCUAGGUCUGAGCACUCAAACGCAUCAGUCAGGCGGCGGAAUGUGGAACAGCAACUCAAACGUUGGGACAACCGACGGCUAACUCACGCUCUCAGCCCUAAGCUACUUGAACCCGUCCGUGUAUUAGUCUCCUCGUGCAAGAAAUAUGCAUUUAACUGCGUUUGCUCAAAACUGCGCCACUGGCUGAGACUCUUCUGCCUGUAAGUAAACUAACCAGACAUACCGCGCGUCCCCUCCCUCCGCCUUCUCCCCCGGCCGCCUUCAGUUCCUCACCUCCGGUAUCGGGUAUCUCAAUGGCGGACCCGGCUGAAUCAGCCCCGGGAAGCGUGGAGGAGGAGAAGACGGACCGUAUCAACGACGCAGAGCUGGCUCUGAGAGGAAUCAAUAUGCUCCUCAACAAUGGCUUCAAGGAGAGCGACGAGCUCUUCAGAACAUACAGGAACCACAGUCCUUUGAUGAGUUUCGGUGCCAGUUUUGUCAGUUUUCUGAAUGCCAUGAUGACGUUUGAAGAAGAGAAAAUGCAGGUGGCCCAUGAAGACCUCAAAGCUACAGAGAGAAUGUGUGAGAGCGAAAACACUGGUGUCAUUGAAACCAUUAAAAACAAGAUCAAGAGGAGUGCGGACUCUCAGAGGUCUGGGGUGACUGCAGUGGACCGACUCCAGAGGCAGAUCAUCAUUGCAGACUGCCAGGUUUACCUUGCAGUGCUAUCUUUCAUCAAACAAGAGCUGUCAGCAUACAUCAAAGGAGGCUGGAUCCUCCGUAAAGCCUGGAAGAUGUAUAAUAAAUGUUACAGCGACAUCACACACCUGCAGGAGGGCAGCAGAAGAAGGGCCUCACAACAACAAGCGAUGCCGUCUCCGUCUCUGUCAUCCUCGUCCGACCGCAGCCGCUCCUCUUCACCAGGGCCGAGCCCUUCCCACAGACCUGACGGUAUCAGCCCAGAGGUUCUGGAUAGGCUGAAAGGUUCAGUCAGCUUUGGUUACGGUCUCUUCCACCUCUGCAUCUCGAUGGUGCCGCCGCACCUACUGAAGAUCGUGAACCUGCUGGGCUUCCCAGGCGACCGUCUUCAAGGCCUGUCAGCGCUCACAUACGCCAGUGAAAGUAAGGACAUGAAGGCCCCCUUAGCUACCUUGGCCCUCUUGUGGUACCACACAGUAGUGCAGCCCUUCUUUGCUCUGGAUGGCACAGACACACAGGCAGGCCUGACAGAAGCCAAGUCCAUUCUCCAACAAAGGGAGGCUACCUAUCCGAACUCAUCCCUCUUCAUGUUCUUCAAAGGCAGGGUCCAACGGCUUGAGUGCCAGAUCACUAGUGCCUUGACGUCCUUCAGUGAUGCCUUAGAUCUGGCCUCUGACCAGAGGGAGAUUCAGCACGUGUGUUUAUAUGAAAUAGGUUGGUGCAGCAUGAUCGAACUGAACUACAGAGAAGCCUACAAGGCCUUUGAGCGACUGAAGACUGAGUCUCGCUGGUCCCAGUGCUACUACGCCUAUUUAACAGGAGUUUGCCAAGGAGCCACAGGUGAUCUGGAGGGAGCUGUCUCUGUUUUCAAGGAUGUUCAAAAACUUUUCAAACGCAAGAAUAAUCAGAUAGAGUUGUUCUCCAUGAAGAGGGCUGAGAAGCUAAGGAGCCCCAGUCUGUCCAAAGAACUCUGCAUCCUGUCUGUGAUUGAGAUACUUUAUCUGUGGAAAGCUCUGGCCAACUGCUCCACUGCCAAGCUGCAGACAAUGGCACAAGUCUUACAGGGCAUUGAUGAUGCUUCAUGUGCAGGCCUGAAAAACCUGCUUCUUGGUGCCAUAAACAAAUGUCUCCAUAAGACCAAAGAUGCUAUUCAGUAUUUCCAUCUGGCUGUGAGGGAUGAGGUUGGUCGUCUGACCAACUCUUAUGUUCAGCCCUACUCCUGCUAUGAACUGGGCUGUGUGCUGCUGAAUAACCCGGAGUCUGCAGGGAAGGGUCGCAUGCUAAUGCUUCAGGCCAAGGAGGACUAUGCUGGCUAUGACUUUGAGAACAGGCUCCAUGUUCGUAUUCAUUCAGCUCUCGCCUCUAUGAGCGCUGCAGCCCAGCCUUGACCAAGUUUGACCUGCACCUCAGAAAGAACUGGAAGAAAAGGUCUCUGAAAAAGCCAACACCACUUUGGGCACUUAUGUUCCACUGAUUUAUUUGUCUUAAUUAAUUUAUUUUUAUUUUCAUAUUAUGAGCCAAUACAUCAUUUUAAAAUGUGUGCAAGAUAUACAGUAGGUGUUUAUGGAAGAACAGUUACAAGAGGAGUUUUACUGAUCUGUUACUGCACUGCACAAUAGUUAAAAAAUUGGGGUUUUAUUGUUUACACUGUUAAUUUCAAAACUAGAUGCCAGUUAAAUCAGAUGAAAAUCUAUUACUUUUGAAAGGCGUCAGUCAUAUUGCUUCCACAGGUGGUCAGUUUCUCCUCUGAUCCAGAGAAAAGUCAGGUCAUGUCAGUUAAUGGCACAUAAAGUAUUAGCUGAAGAAACAAUUGAAAUGAAUAACUACUCAGCCUAUGACUGUGAGAAGCCGAUAUUCUUUGUCAGUCGGUGUGUUGGUAUUGACUUUGAAAUUUGUGCUGUAAAGGCUUUGCUACUCGAUAGGCAUGACUAGUAUACAGUGUUUUUUUUUUUUUUUUUUUUUAGCAUAGCCCCCUUUUUUAAGCAGAAUUAUUCUCAGUGUAAAUAUGUCUUGCACACAAGUUUUAAUAAUGUGCCAACAUCGUGUUGUGCCACUUUUCAGUGGCCUAGAUGCACACUGGUACCAUUUGCUGUAAACUGAUUCUACUUUAUAUUUGUUUGUUUUAAGAUAAUAAAAUGGAUAUUGUAAAAUGGAAUGUUGUUUUAUCCAUUAUGUUUGAUAAGGUAUCAUGUUAAGUGAGACACCAAGCUGAACAGGAUAUAUACACAACUGUAUUCAACAAAAGAAAUGAUGAAAUGAUUUACACAAGCUGUUUAUGCUUUUAAUAAUUCAAACAAACCCAGAGGAGCUACUCACGACAUAAGCAUCAGGGAAUAUUGAGAGCACUUUUAAGGUUGUUUUCUUGAAGGAGAACAAUCCAGCUACAGCUAUGUAUUCAAAAUGUUGCACUGAUUACAUCAGAUCUGUUUACAGUACUGUUGCGGUACUUGACAAUCUCAAAAGUCUAACGUUUACUGGUGUUCUUUAAAAAUGUGUUGCUACUUAUUUUCUUUUGAUAUGCUGUCCAGUUACUGUCUUCUCACAAAUUAAAUGUGUUGCUGGUGUGCUGCUUUCAGAACUGGGAUGUAGUAUUACAUGGUAGAUGCAUCGACUGAAGCAAUAAUGAAGAUGACCUGCAUUGCACAGAUGAGUAAUGGAUUGCCUCACAUUCUGUUACAUCACACCAUUAAAUUGAUUCACAAGUC